AUGACAGCAAUCCCACCGUUCCUUUCGUUGGUGGACAUGUACGGCUACCUGCCCAACUUUGAUGCCGACUGCGACCUCCAGGUUGGCGACUGGGUGGUGGUUCAGCCGCAGCGCAGAGCGGCGUUGCUCGGACCGUUGAUCAGUGCAUGGGAAACCGCUCCGCAAGAUCAUGCACUGUCCGCUGAAUCCUCCUUUAUGCCCCAGUACACCCUGAGUCAGCUUCUGCCUGAGCCUCUGACACUCCGGAGGCGGUCACUGGCGUGGAACCGUGUCGUACUUGACUCGUUCUCCACAAGGCUGCCUCGUCUGGCUCCGUUGUCCAUGGCGCGAGCGCAUUACUGCCAGCGAAAGCGUCUGCACAUGGCUGACGACAGCCCGACAAACGCAAGGGACAGCAGCGUGCUUGAUGAAGCAAGCAGCGGGAACGGCAAUCUGUACCUGCACGUGCGCUUGGGUCUUCUCACCCCCUCCCGCCCGUACGUUUUCGGAGGUUUGGACAUCGUGGAGGUGCUGGGGUGGCUAUGUGAUGAUGCGUGCGCCGAAGAAACGACGGCACUCGUACCCCCUCGCUCAGCAACUCAAAAGCCAGUUGUUCUGUACUUGAACCUUCUCACAGGAGAGACGCUGACGGGCGAGGAGGCAGUGCGUAGAUCAUCAAAGCUGAUGCCUUCAUUUACCUCCUCUAGCACCACAUGGUCCUCUGCGAUCGAGGAGGCUGCUGAGAAGGAAUGGCAGCAGUGGGUGCUUCGGAGAACCUGCAUCACGCAACAGCAGCCCUGCGGGUAG